CACAGACGUCCAUUGCUAGACAUAGACCUGCCCCAAGCCUCGCCACAAAGAUCGGUCCUGCGCUGCCUACAUCCAGUGAGUCCCCGCGAACCUUAAUAAGACGUCGGACCAUCUUGUGCGAGGCCUACCCACGUUGCGUCUUUCGGUACGCGGUCGCUAACAAAAAACUGUUACUACAAGUAUUUUAAACUCCAAUUUCUGAAUGAUUAAUAUUUUAUGAUGUUACGUUUUCCUUGAGGAAAACAAGUAAGACCAGUCUCAUAGCGACCGCAAUCGUGUUAAGUUUUCUGUCGAAAUGACAACUUUAAUAUUAACUAUAAAUUUAUUGGUGUUUACAAUUCAGUGCUCUUCAUAUACCUUAGAUCCUGAGGCUUCUUGGAAAUUGUUCACAUAUGAUAUCGACGGGGUGCAGUAUUCAGAAGAUUCAGAUUACGAAUUAAAAGAUGGCGCGAUCACGUUUGAUGAGGAUCUGGAGGAUCAUGAAAAGUUUUUAAUUAGAAAAAACUUGGUACCGUACUCGGCGAUCGACACAACGCGUUAUAUAAUUUUUAGCAUACCGAGAACAAGACCAGGAAUACCUUUUAGUCUUAAUUAUUACACAUUGGAUUUCUUACAAGCAGGAAGUCCGCUCAUUAAUCCGUAUCCUAGCACAAAGGAGUCCAGAGAAAUAAUUUCCGUAUACGGUUUACAUCAGAGCGGUUGCAGAAGAUUAGUCUGGUUCGUCGAUACUGGUUUCAUUGAUAUACCAGGAGCCAAAAAGCAGGUGAAACCAGCCGAGAUUUUGGCUUAUGCGUCAUUCAACGGGGUGUUUCACAGGUAUAUAAUAGACUCGAAUGUUUUGCAAGAUGGAGUAACAUCAGGCCUUAAGUCCUUAGUUGUGGACUUCAUUUACCCAUGUGGUCUGGCAUAUGUGUACAUCAGCGAUGAAUAUACAAACACAAUCAUAGCGUUUUCUUUGGAAGAUAAACGGUUUCAUAAAAUCAACCGUUCAGCUGAGGGUGAAGCGUGGAGUUUUCCCGUACCUUCUUCUAUAGUAAAUUUUGUACAGAACGUUAUAAGAUAUAGGAAUACACCGAAAGAGACUUUUGAACAUUACUAUGCGUUUUUGAAUACGCAAAACACUUCUAACGGUGAUUUGGUCCCUACCCAGAAAUCGGAGGUAACACCCUAUAACACCAAUGACGAAACUUAUCCCCAUGGAGUGCUUUUUGAUUGGAACUUCGAUUCUGACAUUCUGAUCUUCUCAAAUAAGAACAGAACGCAUCUGUACUGCUGGAAUAUGAACACCGAAGUUGAUGAGAAGAACGUUGAUCUCAUCGUGGAUGUGAUCAGUAAACCUAAUGUCUAUAUUUCGUCCUUCGAAGUACUCGGUUUUCAUUUUAAGAUGCUAUUGAAUAAGGUUAGGGGCCCAGAACCGAAUGUUUAUGACGAGAAAGAAGAUAAUUUUGUAUUAUAUGGUGGUAGUUUUAAACAACUUCUUGAAGGCACGAAAUGUGUUAUGGCAAAUAAUUGUACUGACUUCAUAAAAAAACGACGAGCCUCUCAUCAAUUUUUAUACGCAUACAAGAAUAGUCCAAAAUAUGUUACCGACCAAAUUGCCGAUAGGAUCGAGGCAACCAAGGGGUACGUAUUCUUAAAAUCUCUAUAGUUAUUGCCUGUAAUUUGACUAUUUCUCCCGCAUUGUUAUCACUAUCGCGAUUCGUUGGUGAUGUAGAUGGAAAAUCCCCUGCGACCAUGUACGUAUCCAUGGUUAAUGACGUCAUGACGACAGUCUGCUUUUUGGCCA